CGGUUCUCGGGAGAACGCGGCAGCCCCCCCUGCCUGUGGACUGACCACUGAAAGGUGACCCGGCAUCCUGGGUCAUCCAGAUGAUGUGCGAUGGAGGUGCCAGAACUCAACUGCCUUGCCUCACCUGCUGGGGACCAGCCAGCUCCUGCUCCUGGACCCCCAGGAACCCCUGGUGGGCAGGCCUUGCCUCGCCUGACCCUGGGCCCUGUCAUUCUGCCACCGGAGCAGGGCCUGGCCCCGGCUGUGUUCCUGAAGGCCCUGCCCAUCCCACUGUACCACACGGUGCCUCCCGGGGGCCUCCAGCCACGUGCCCCCUUAGUGACAGGCAGCCUGGACGGGGGCAGCGUGCCCUUCAUUCUCAGCCCCCUGUUGCAGCCUGAAGGACCUGGCCCUCCCCAGGUCGGGAAGCCGACCGCCCCAACACUCACAGUGAAUAUCGUGGGUGCUCUGCCUGUCCUGUCACCGAGCCUGGGGCCCGCACUGGGCAGCCCGGGCAAGGUGCGCAGUGCCGGCAAGCACCUGUGCCCACACUGUGGCCGGGACUGCCUGAAGCCCAGUGUUCUGGAAAAGCACAUCCGGUCCCACACGGGGGAGAGGCCCUUCCCAUGUGCCAGCUGUGGCAUCGCUUUUAAGACCCAGAGCAACCUGUAUAAGCACAGACGCACCCAGACGCACCUCAACAACUCUCGGCUGUCCUCGGAGUCUGAUGGCGCCGGGGGCAGCCUCCUAGAGGAGAGGGACAAGGCUGGAGAGACCUCCAGAGCAGCUGGCAAGGGGGACGGCUGGAGCCAGGGUGGGGGUGAUGGGGCCAGAUCAGAGAAAUCCCUUUCUCCGGGCAUGCAGGGUGUUCGGCACUGCCCGGAGCCCCCCACGCAUGUGUGCCCGAUGGCCAAGAACCUGGGUCUGAAGCUGGAAGCUGUUCCCUGCCAAGGCUCUGCAUUUGCUGACAGAGAGGCCCCUUUGGACUCUACCCAGACGGCCUCUCCUGGGCUCCCCCCAGCCGGCCCACAUCGCAGGCGUAAGUUACCAGAGCAGAAGUCUCCGACGGCCAGCAGGUCGUGCUCCCUGCAGCAGCAGCAGGCGACGUCCUCGGAGAAACCCGGGGACACCAAGGCCUUGGAGAGCCGGCUGAGAAAGUGUGAGAGCACCGACUCGGGCUACCUGUCCCGCUCAGACAGCGUGGAACAGCCCCUGGCCCCCUGCAGCCCUCUGCACAGCCUGUCGGAGCACAGUGCCGAGUCCGAGGGGGAGGGGGUCCCGGCGCCUGGGGGGACCAGGGUCGAGCCAGCAGGGCGAGGGGCCAGCCUGGAGCUGGAGAAGAGGCACCUGGAGGAGCGUAUUGCCAGGCUCAUCUCACACAACCAGGCCGUGGUGGAUGACCCCCAGCUGGACAACGUGAGGCCCCGUAAGACUGUCCUGUCCAAGCAGGGCAGCAUCGACCUGCCCGUGCCUUACACGUAUAAGGACUCCUUCCACUUCGAGAUCCGGGCACCGGAGCCCGGCCGGAGGAGGCCCGGCGCCCUCUGCUCCACCCGCUCCACCUGCUCUGCCCCGGGUAAGGCCCGGCCCCUCUUCUUUCACUCCAUCCCCACUCAGCUCUCCACCACCGUGGAGUGCAUCCCUGUCACCAGGAGCAACUCGCUGCCCUUCAUCGAGGGCACCAGGAUGUGGCAGGAGCCACCAGACCCCCAGGACACCUGCCCCAGGAGGCAGAAGCCUCUGAGCCCCAGGCCCGUCCCUGCCCAACUGGUGGAUGUCUCCAGCUGUCACCCCCGGGCCCUGGUCAGACAGGCGGCAGUGGAGGACUUGCUGUGUCCCCCCACUGGAGACGCCGUGGCCCCUGCAGAGGACCUAGAUGGAAAGAGAACUGUUGUAGGGGAGGGGGCCGCUGGCAAGGGCAGAGUGGCCGGUAGGAAAUGCAGCCAGAGGAAGUUGAAGAUGUUUUCCCAGGAGAAGUGGCAAGUGUACGGGAAUGAGACAUUCAAGAGAAUGUACCAGAAGAUGAAAACCAGCCACCAUGGAAGCAAGAAGGCGAGGGCGGUGAGAGUGGGCAGUGGGACAGAGCUGGACCUUCCUCUCCAGGAAGAGGCAGACGGGAGCCAGCGCAAAGCCCCAUCCCAGGACUGGAGGACCCUUGUCUGUGGGGACACUUCUGUGGGGACCAAGCCAAGGCCUUGGGGAAGUCCGCCAGCCACAGAGACCUUGGUGACUGAGCCCCCCAAGCAGAGGGAGAUGGUGGCCAGAGCAGGAGGCAGUGACCAGCCCGGGGUGAACAGGGCUGUGUCAUCCCCCAUCUCAAACUGCAGAGAACCCCCCUCUUUGGGCAGCAAGAGCCCUUUGUUUCCUCCAAAUGGGAGGCUGGAAUUGGGGUGUCAGCUGUCCCCAGUACCUGGUCCCCUCAAAGGAGGGGACCUAGAGGCUCCCAGGCCAGUUUUGCCAGACCCCAAGCUGGAAGGAGAAGGCACCUGCAGUGGUGGGGGCACGAAGGACGCCUGUCAGCGGGCCCAAACCGUCGUCCUGAGACAGCCCAGCGGGAGCUCUGGAGAGCAACAGCCCACGGCGGGCAAACUCCCCUCAGAGAGGAAGAAGCUGAGGGUGGAGGAGCUGAGCUGCCAGGAGCAGCCGGGGCCUCUGGGAGCAGGAGGUGAGACCCCAGGGGGCUCUGAGCAGGCCGCCUCCCUGCCAUCUUGGAAGCAGGACGGUGACCCUGGGGACCAGCCAGGGGGGCUGCACUGGAGUGCCGACGGCAUGACGAGGGCCCGGCCCAGGCCCAUGGAGGCCUCUGGCGCCUCUUCCACUGCUUCUUCCUCAGCCCUGAGGCCAGUGGGGCCGGGAGACAAGGAACUCACACUGAGUCCUACAGCUGUAGUCCCCCGGGGUCACUCCCAGCCGGCCACCCCGCCUCGGGCUCCCGGAGUCCUCCCUGCCCUGGCCGACACUGCCUUUCCCCCCAAGUACCUCCUCAAGUUCCCUCAGGGAGAGACCCAGGGUCUGGGCCAAGGCCAGGGCACGCUCUGCAGGAGUGGGCAGCCCGAGGAACAGGCCUCUUUUGUUGGAUCAGGGAUGGGGACCGUCCUGCCUCUGGGCCCAGCCUCAGACCAGGCCCCAGGUGAAGCAGACAGCUUCGGGGAGUACCCCAGCUGGUCCAAGCUGUGGGGCAGGAGAAAGGGGGUGCAAGGAGAAGAGAAAGGACACUUGGACACCAGCACCCCAGCAGUGGGGGUGUCUCUGAGCUUGACCACUGGGGCUCCCAGGGAGAUGGCCUCUUUCCUACACACCCUGUCCUGUGACUCCCAGAGGAGUGAGACCCAUGACAGUGGAAACCUCGGCAUGGGUGGCGCUGGGGCAAAGGCCUGGCCCUCUGCUGGCGUCCCAAGUCCCUGGGCACCCAGCAGAGAGGUGGGAGGGCCUCCUGAGAAGGCCCCAUGUGACCCUCACUCGGGGCCCCCUCUGCCAGCGCUCAGCCCCUGCUGCUCCCUCCGGCCCAGCUCCUUCCUCUCAGCCCUGACUCCCCCGGGCUGGCCUGAGCUGGCCUUGCCCACCCACUCAGAGACUCCUGGGAGCUGCAGGGCCCAGGGCCCCUUCCCCUCGCUGAGGGCCGAGCCCCAGCUCACAUGGUGUUGCUUGAAGCGCAGCCUCCCUCUGCCCACGGAGCAGAAGGAGAAAGCAACUUCUGUGUACUUGGCACUGCACUUCCCUGGUGACAGCCCCCCAGACAAGGGUCCGGACACUGGACCGGUCAGCAAGGCGGUGUCUGGAGGAUGGACCAGCACAAACCUGAGCGAAGGAGGGCAGGCGCAGACGUCUAAGCUCUCCUACCCAACAGCCCCAGGGAUGGUGUCCCAGGACCAGGGGUCGGAGCAAGAAUGGAAUAAAGGACUGCCUCGGAGGAGAGGGAAGGGGUCCCGUGGGAGCAGCAAGCAGAAGAAACUGAGCGUCAACUCCAGAAGGUACAGAGGGAAUUUCUUGCAGUGUCGUGUUCAUAUGAAAGCAGAUAGACUGCGCAAGCCACUCCGGGUGCUGAGAAAAGACAGUCACCCUCCCCCACUCAAGGGGCUGGACCCAUGCAGGACUCUUGGGCAGUCUUCUUCAGACAUGACAGGUACCAGGCUGCAGGAUGAGCAGGAGAUAGCCAUCUAUGCUCUCAAGAGCCUGAAGUUUAGCAGCGGGGACAGAUGCCUGUGA